AAAAGGGGAGCAGUGGAAGUGAAGGAGUUUAAGACAUCUGGAGCAAAGUGUGUUCUCUGUUUGGAAGGCAGCGGAAACAAACAUGUCGUGGUGUUACUGCGCUAAGCCUAUGACUUUGCAGUUGCCGUUGCAACCAAGAGCAUCAUCAUCAUUCCAUUCCCACGUUGGAGGAGUAACAGUAACAUCCUCAACACUGUCUCUUCGACUCUCUUCUACUCUUGUUUUCACCCACAACCUCCACUUCCAACCCAAACUCAAACGCGCUUCCACAACCGUUCGAUGCUCCUCGGCAUUGACUCCUCAAUUGAAGUCUACCUUGGAUCAAGUUAUUGCUUCAAAUAAAGUAGUUGUGUUUAUGAAGGGAACUAAAGAUUUUCCACAGUGUGGAUUCUCAAACACAGUGGUGCAAAUAUUGAAGUCUCUAAAUGUGCCUUUUGAAACCAUAAACGUGCUUGAAAAUGACUUGUUGCGCCAAGGGCUGAAGGAGUACUCCAGUUGGCCUACCUUUCCUCAAGUCUACAUAGAAGGAGAGUUUUUUGGUGGCUGUGAUAUCACUGUUGAUGCAUAUCAGAAGGGGGAAUUGCAGGAGCUGUUGGAGAAGGCAAUGUUGUCCUGAAGCUAUGGAAGGAAUGAGGAGGACUUCCCAAGUUUGUACUUUGUAAUCGUCCCCCAAAGUUAUACUGUGGCUCAGUUACAAUGGACCAAAUAAAUUGUAUGAUGCAUUUCGUGUCCACAAUUGCCUAUUAUGAUUACUGCAAUACAAAGAUCCCGGUAUUUGAGUACAAAACAGAUAAGUCACAAAUUACCCUUAAUUAUGUUUGUAUGGAUGGAAAUGGUUGUUGAAUUGGUUGGUUUAUGAAUUUGGGUUAUCAAAAGGAAAAAGAGCAAUGUUAGUUGAGCAUUCUAUAA